GUGGAGUGUUAUGGUGAAUUCUGUUGCGAAGGGAAGUGUUGAUGGUUGAAAUUAUUGUUAAGUGCCUGCUUAUAUUGCGGUACUCGAUUUAAUCAUGCAGUGCCAAAAAUGAUAAAGCAUAGUGAAUAAUACGAAGAAUUUCGUGGAGUCUCUUCUAAUUUUUGCUAAGUGAUUGGAUCCCAACGUUUAAGACAAUGGAGAAACAAAAACCAAAGCCAGUGAAAAAGAAACAAACCAAGAGAAUUGAAGAGGACUUUUUAGAGACUGACAUUCCGGAAUGCCCCAAAUUGGAAGACUUCGAUUACGACGCCCAGUCCAAACCUGCGAACCAUGCAUCAUCUUCAAAAGAAUCACAGAAUGCAGACUCUGGUAUUGAAGCUCAGAACAUAUCAAACAUUGAAAGUGAAAUAUUUAAUGCGAGUCAGGAGGACGUUGAAGCAGCGCAGGAAGCAGACGAUCUGCCUCGAAAUUAUAAGAAGGAAAGAGAAAAGGCUAGUUCUGGAAGUACAGCCGAGUGUGCUGUUUCCACAACGGAUGUUUCUAUUGAACUAUCAGACAGUGAACCGAUGCCCUUUCAGGAAGGUGAUACGAUGUUGGACAAGGUGUCCAAUGGCACAGAAAUGAAGGAAAUUCACUCAUACCACCUGAGAGUGAGUCCUGAUAAGAAUGAGCAGGAUACUAAGCUGGAAUCGCCUUUACAUACAACAGAGCGCCAUGAGGAAUCUCCAGCAAAUGCUGUCACAAAGAAAGAAGCAAUACAGCAGCCAGAUCUGCAGCCAGUGGUGGCAUCAGCUCCUCCAGAGUCUGAGGUGCCUCAGCACGCUCCUCCAGAAGUGCGUCCCUUCACGGAGGCGCAGUUGGUCGCCCUGUGCACCAACCCAGAACUGGAGGCGACAGAGGACGUGGCUGCCGAAUUUGUGGACGCACAACUUCGGGGAGGUGGGGGGCGGCUGCAGCAGCACCCCCUCUACACGCUGCUCGUCAGCUACCUACGUGCACGACAGAGGCUCGCUGCCGCGUCUGCGGAGCUCGCCAACCUCGAGGACGAAUGCCGUGACCACCAGCAGCACCUGUGGAUUGUGGAGACGACUUCAGUAACAGAAUCCGGGGAGUGCCAGGAUGGAAAUCCGGUCUCAGCAACUCACGAGUACAAGGUGGCGCACAUGAACCGCAACGAGCUAGCGGCAUUAGCACGCUCCCUAGCCAGUGUGAGGGAUGUUGUCCACCAGACGCACUCGCUGGCCUGUUAUUCUGCUGAGGUCAUCUGGUUGCAGGCGGAGCACUACGUGCAAGGUGUGGAGGCGAGCUGCGGCGCGUCGCAGCUGCCGCACAAUGCGCCGGCCGCGCUGGCGCCGUGCGAGGAGGUGGAAGUGGGGGCGGAGGAGGCGGGGCUGCCCGGGGGAUCCCCGCAGCAGCGCUGGGGGCUGCUGGAGCUGCGCCACUGCGUCUCCGUGCUCUUCACCUUCCAGAGGCGGCCCAUCAAGGAUGACAAGUUCAUCGCAGACUGCCGGGGCUGGCUGUCGCGACUGGUGGCACUGCUGGUGAGACUGGCCACGUGGCGCGACCACCUCUUCCUGCUGCACCACGUUCUGCGCUGCCCCGCCGGCGUCGGUAGCUGGGCCGCGCCUUUCGUGCAGACCCCGCCCCCGCCACCACACCGCCACUGCGUGGGGACGGCGGUCACGCCGGGUGGGGGCGUCGCGGCCGUCGACUCGGCGGCGGUCUUCGCGAGCCCGUACCUGCGCCACGCUGUUGCCGUGCUGGCAACGCUGGUCAGGCCCGUACGGGAGAGGGAGCACUUCUUGGAGCAGGCACCACUGAGGGGAGACCCGGCACCGUCGGAGCCGUGGGUGCUGGUGGACUCGGACGGAGAGGAGGACGAAGACACUGAAGUCGGACGAGGGUGCGGGGCCGUUCUCCGGGAGAAUGACCUCGUGGCCAUUCUCAAUCAGAUCCCAUUUGACGCAGUGUUCCGCCACGUGCUGCUGGUUGACAGGAGGGAUGACAGGGACCUGUACGACCCCAGCCUGGUGACGGAGCAGCACGUGCUGCGGCUCUUCGCCUUCUGCACGGUGCUGGUGAGGCUGCUGCGCACCGGCCUCGCCACCUACAGCUCGCCGCGCUACCGCCAGUUCGGUCGCCGCCUGGGCCGCCUCAUCCGGCACACCGUGCAGUACGUCUCGGACCAGUGGCAGAGCCUCAGGAACGGCAGCCGGUGGGUGGACCCGGCGCUCGCACUCCGCCUGCAGGCGGAGUACGACGCGUUCUUCCUGCGGGCGACGCGCGGCAUCCUGUCGUCCCAAGGGCUGGGCACGUGGCAGUUCCUCGCCGUCAUCCCUUACUCUGUGGUGUCCCUACCCACACUCUGGCACCUCUACUACCUGCUCCACCUGGCAUCUCCAGACAACGCUGACGAGGACCUCGACCGGCCGGACAGCUCUGUCGACUGGGAGCGGAGACUUGCCGACCCGCAGGUGCAGUUACAGUUUGAAGAAAAAUUGACGUCAAUGCCGGAGGCAGAGUCCUACUACCUGCUGACGACGUUUGCCAACAUGGCGGUGGCCCGUGGCAGCAAGGAUGCCGACUUCGUCCAGUGUGUCACGCUCGACUUGCUCGAGGUGGGUUUUUUGAGUGCUGCGACACGGGACCUUUGCAGCAAGACGGCGCGCUCGUUGCUCGCCGGCGUGAUGGCGGAGUUCCCAGCUCUGCUCUCUGUGCUGCUCACCAACCUGCAGGACAACUUUGAGCGGGCUGGCAAGAUGAGCCUGUACCUGUUCCGGGAGCUGCCGCUGCGCCAGUGGCGGCCGGCAGACGCCGAUCUGUCAUUGCUGUCGGAGUGGCUGCUGCACCGCCCUCUCGCCACUCCCGAAAACCAGCUGGCCCGUCUGGUGCUCGCCGGCCUCGACUGGGGGCUGGCGCCGGGUGGCCGCGAGCUGGUGCUGCCCCUGGAGGUGCACAGGCGUGCCGCCUCACUCGUUGUCGAGGCCUGCGAUCGGCACGAGGCUCGGGCGGGUCCACCGUCCGGGGGUACAGUCGGGGCCGUCGUGGGUGGAGGCGCCGCCGUCAUAGCCGAGGGCGUCAAACAGGUGUCAAGCCUGGUGGUGCAGCGGACACCCCCCCAGUCGCACGAGCACGCACUCUCGCUGUGGGCUUGGGAGAUGCUGGCACGACUCCGCCUACACGCCCUCGACCAGCCACGCCACGCCGUGUGGACCGCGAUGGCAGACCCCGCCUCCGCCGCACCGCCCCGCAGUGCAGACGACGAUGCGGCACCUGGCGGCCCGACGCCGCGGCAUCCGGUGGCACUGCUGGCGUCGGUGCUGGGGUCGGGCUGGGGCCACAGCCCGCCGCUGGUGGCCGAGAGGGGGUUGCCAGCACUACACGCCCUCGCCGCCAUCCACGGCCGCCACGAGCAGGUGGCCGCCGCCCUCGAGCUCGUCAUUCCGCUCAUGCUCGACUGUGCAGACAGCGUGCUGCUCAAGAGCGACAGAUACUCUGCCAUUCUGAUGUCACUCCUGACAGCAGAUAGGACUUACAUGAAGAUGGCCAAGAACCUGAUUGCCCCCGAGUUCCCUGGACCAGUGCUUAGGAUGUUCGGGAACAUGGUGCAGUGUCAGCUGGAGAACUACCGCAGGUACAGCCUGGCGAGCCCCCGGGAACUGGUGCGGCUGUGGCUGCUGAGCAUGGCACAGCUCCCAGACUGGACACGGGAGUCGGGUGCCGUCUACGUGGCUGACAUCGUUCUACGCUGCGCCUUCUUCUACCCGGAUGCCCGCGAUGUGGCCGUCGGCAUUCUGGCUGAUCUACACCAGAGCGCUGCGGGGCUGCGUGCGGGUGGGACGCUGUCGGCGCUCAUCAGCUGGGUGGCGUCGGGCUCCGGGACGUGGGCGUCGCUGGUGCCGCGCUGCUCUGCACCGGACGCGCCCUGGCUGGCGUACUUCGCACUGGAGGUGGAGCACCGAGCGCAGGAGGAGCGGCCCGGCCUGUGGCGGGAGCUGUUGCGGGAACUGGCCAGUACGCAGGGCAAGGCCAACAUCGAUCAGGCGCUAAAGAGAGCGGCACACACCCUGAAGGUGCCGGCGCCGACGUCGAGCAGCCUGGCCGUCUACCGCUGGGCGCAGCAGGCACUGGACACACCUCUCGGGCACCCGCUGCUGCCGCUUCUCUGGCAGAAGUUCUUUGAGCUCUUCCUCGCCAGGAUACCUUCCACACCGGGAGUGGUGAAGAAGCGGAAGGGGUCUGUACAGGUAGCUAAAGAACUGGAGACAGCUUGCUUGGUGUUCGGUGCAGUGACGGGCGUACAGGUCCCAGACCGCGGUGGAGUCGGAGACAAGUUCUUUGAGGGGAUGGUGAACCUGAACAUGCUGAAGAAGCUGAAGAGGCGCCUGCAGGAGACGGAGGAGUUCUACCGCAACCGCAGCCGUGACCCCGGUCUCGAGGAGGAGGCCGUGAAGCUGAACACGAGAUGUGCCGACCUGAUGCGGACAUUCGCGCUGUGGCUGGAGGAGCCUCGCCUCCACGAGCCGAGCCUGUUCCUGCCGGCGCUGCCCCCGCAGUACGACUCACAGAAGCUCGCUCUGGUACUACAAGGUGACAGGCGUCCCUGGCUGGAGUAUCUGGACUACGAGGCAGUGCGCACCGCCCAGCAAAAUGCAGUGAGAGAGUGGCAGGCACUGCGCUUCCGCUGUACAGGCAAGGAGUCGGACGGAUCCUCCAAACCCCGGCUGACGCGUGCCAGCUCUGAGCCGGAAGACGCCAAGGACCCGGCACACCGGAUUGUCAGCAGGCUGCAGCUGUACGAUACACCGGUGCCUCCGCCGCCACUGCGGCCCUCCAAGCCGGUCAUCCCGUCCAUCCAGGCAGAUAUGCUGCAGAACAGAGCAGCCAUGCUGUCUGCCCUGAAGUCAUCCUUCCGUGCCAUCACCGAGUUUGCACAGAUCUACUCGCUGCGAGUGUCGGAGCACACGGCCCUGGACUGCAGCCUGCUCGAGCUCGUCCCCUCGACGUACCGCGAUGUCGAGAUGGAGGUUCUGCUGCACGCUGCUUGUGACACUGGGCCAGACGCUGCGAGGCGCAAGCCGCACGACCUUAUCUGCGCGGGGCCGGCGGACAUCCGUCUGAAGGUGUGUGAAGCACGCAUCAGUGAAGGCACAGAGCACAUGAUUCAGCAGAACAGGGCCGAGUACGACACACUGCUUUCCCGUGCCAUGCAGCCACCUCCUCAGAAAGUCUGCGUUGGAAGCGUCUUUGUGGAGCACGCCAUUAGCCUUCUGGAGCGGGAGUACAGCCAGUACCGUGCACGCGGCAGUGUAGAGGUGAUGGCGCGGGUGCAGGACGUGGGCGUGGCGCUGUUCCACCACAUCGUGGGACUCUACGGGGAGGACGUGGCUCUCUACCCACCCAGCAAGCAGCUGCUCACCGGCUGCCUCGAGACCCUGGGCCAGGUGUUUGUGAGUGGUGACGAGAGCCAGGGCUGUCGCCUGCUGGCGACCCUGCUGGAGCAGCCCCGCCUCGCCGGGAUCCUGGGCCCACAUUUCACGCCGUCUGCCGCAUCCACCACCACCUUCCUGCAGAUGUACCAGACUGUGGUGGAGACCGCAGCACAGGCCCAGCAGCCCGUCGACCUGUGCUUUGUCCUGCUGUCGAAGUUCGAUGUUACCCGCUGGCUGAUGACCCGCAAGCCGCGCCUCAGUGAAAGAUCGCAGUUCAUCGAGUUGGUUGGGAAGGCGCUGACAGCGGCCGGCAUCUGCCCAGAGGACGACAAGCUCAUCCUGCACGAGGUGUUCCGCAAGCACCUGCGCCUGAUGCUGCUGUUCGACUUCCCCGAGCACUACGGUGAGGUACUGAGCUUGGUGCUGCGUGCCUCGGAGACACAGCAGCUGGCACCCUCCGUCUGGUUCGACCUGCUCAAUGCGCUGCUGCAGCCGGUGGGAGCCGCCGCGGACCGUCUCAAGCCGGGCCUCGGGGCGGGCACCGUCCGGGAGGAGGCGCGCCGCUUCGCCACGGAGCAGAGGUCGCUGUCUCACAGUGAGCUACGGGAGACAGCGACACUACUGGGUUCGCACUUCACCAAAGAGCGUCUGCAGUACGGCCUGUAUGGGCUGUACCCUAAGUACCGGGCCUAUGUGGAACCACUGACAGCGUUCCUCGCCAUGCUGGGGCAUGCCAUUGUCGUCAGCUCCGUGCAACUGGAGAGGGGGGCGCUCUCCGACCAAUUGUGCGAGCGCCACCUGUGGCCGGCCCUGAGUGAGAUGUUCUCGCCGUGGCUCGCCCCUUACUGGACGCGCAACCUGCGAGAGCCGGCUGCCGCGUGGAUCCAGCAGCUGGCCGACGACCGCUCUGUGCUGCUGCCGUGGAUAGUGGCAGACGGGGCUCACGCACAGCGCUUUGUCGGCACUUUUGUGGAGUGCGUGAGGUUCGUGCUCGACACUCUACCAGGCUGCAGCAAUAUGCUGAGUUUUGUGUGGCAGUUCUACGUGAACAACUUUGCCCAUGCGGCAGUGAAGGACUAUAUCCUGAAUGUCCUGCACGGAGGUCUGCUCACAUUGUCCUGGGACCGCUUCUGGCCAGGACUCAAUGACCUGGAGCUGAUGCUCAAGGUGGUGGACCAGUACCUGCCAGACUGCCACCAGUUCCUGGGCGGCAUGUUCGUCGAGGUGGCCUGGUGGUCGUGGGUGGGACACGUGCUGUCCACUUUCCCGCCAGCCCUCACAGCGAGAGCCCAUGCGUGCCUCCUCCACCUGCUUGUCAAGCUCUCCUGUGAGCCAUCUGUCAGACAGUCUACAAAGCUACUGCCCCUGCUCCUCGAGUCUCGAAGGUUUGCGUGGCAUCUGCUUGACUCGACUGCCUUCGAGUCCAUUGCCAACUGGUACGUCAUGAGCUGUGAUCCACGCGUCAUUCUGGCACCCGAGGAUACUGAUGACGAUGACACAGGCCGCAGCAUAGACAUUGCAACACUUGGGCUGCUUCGGGUCUCAGCGGCGCAUAUCCCGGAGGCGGUGCACUUCCACCCGCAGACGCUCACCAAGCGGCAGACGUUCGUCCGUGUCUGUGUCAAGCUGCUGACCAACUGCGCCGGCCGGCACAAGGCCCUCCUCUUGCGCAGAGAAAAGGACUUCCGAGCUGCCAUUGGGAACAUCCUGGAGGACAUAGAGUGUGUCGUCAGUGCCAGUGUGCCAUCCCCGCAGCAAGUAGCAGAGUGCGGCUUCCUGCUGUCGGAGGUGGUGCCGCUGGCUGCACAGCCCCAGUCGCUGGCGCCGCUCGCCCUGAGCGAACUCUGCAGCUGGCUGGCGAGCCGCGACGGCCGCAGCUGCGUGCUGCGUUCGCUGCUCAAGGUAGCCGCGCCGACCCUGGCGUCGAGCCCGCAGGCCCUGGGCGCCGUGCUCGAGGCAGCACUCGAGGCGUUCUUCCGCAUGCCCGAGCCGGAGGACCAUCAGGGCGGACUAGGGACUGAGACGGACCCGCGCCCGACGUGGCAGUGUGCGGUGUCGAUGCUCUCGCCACCUGCACUGACACCGGCUCUGGAAGAGGCGUUGACCUCGGGCGGCCACGUGCUGACGCUGCACGCCCUGCUGCUCAAGAAGCUGCCCUCCUGCCGCGACAUCCGCGAGGAGGCCGCCGUGCUCGCCAAGCUCACCGACUGGAUGGGCGCCGUCAAGCCUGGAGAGAGUGUGGAGGCGAAGCUGGCACUGCUGUGGGGCCGCUGCCUGAUGCUGGCACAGCGGCAGUGCGAAUUCUCGGAGGACACGGAGGGUGCCAUCUCCUGCCUCCGGACGCUCGUUUCGCGCCUCCUCGCCCUCGCCGAGGACCGAACUUGGGGCUCCACACUGCUGGGGGCUAUCGGCCUGCGGAGGCCCGCCCCGGUCACUAACAAGUGUCGCCUGCUGAGUCGUGCAGUGGCGGUGUUUGUGUUGGCGCAGCUUCCUGAUGGAGAGCAGCCAUUUGUAAGGACGACACCGAGUGCACCGGGAGCUCUGUCUAUGCCAGUCAUCAUAAGCAAGUCGACAGGCAGUGUGGACCAGACGGUGCCGAACCCGAGCGCUCAGGCCCUGUCUGCGCUGUCGCAGCUGGAGGCGCUGGCCACCAACAAGGCCUACCAGGAUCUGAAGCCUGCCGUAGAGCUGGCGGUGCGGCUCGCUGUCGACCCGGACAGCUCGCUGCACUCGGGCUGCGGCGCCGUCGCGACUCUUGCCCACGCCCUGUAUGGGAAGGCUUACCUGGCAGCUGUGAAGGAUUGACUGCAGCGCAGCCCCCUCGACUUUCACUCGCCGACAGUCUCGGCGCGGGUCUCCAUUGGUGACGUCCAGUGCUGACCUGUACUGGGGGGGUCACAAAACGGAGGAAUUCUGCUGAGUUUAGAGUGUCCUCAGUGGAGGCUUCGUUUGUGCUGACAGCUGUGUGGAGAGGGGGCCAGGCAGCUGUUUACACUCCAUUUGCACGGUAGCUUGUGUCUCACUUAUCUCUUUGUAAUUAUGAAAAGUUGCAGAACAUGUAAGCUAAAGGUCAGAAUGUGCUCAACAGCUAAUAGCUUCUUCAGAAGUUUCAAGAGAGUAACUACCUACAGCAAAUUUGCUGAAUUGGAGCUCAUGCACCAUUAGGCCAAUACAGGAAUAAUAUAAUCCUUCAUAUUGAACCACGUGUGCACAUUUUACAUAGUAGUGGAGAAAAAAGAGCAAUAGUUUACAUUUGAUGUUGCCAAGAAGUGAGUAUUUACAAUGAAUUGUAAUGUUUCCCAGGCAUGGAAAGAAUUUUACUGAUGUAGCCUGGAGUGGUAGUGUGACACAUAUUUUCACCAUACAAUGUUUGGCUAUUGAGGGAGAAGUAAAAUGUUGUCAUGUAAGGUGGAGGCAAAGAAUCUAACAGGUGUCUUCAUCCAUGUGGACUAAUGCCUUGCAAAGAAUGGCAUUAACAAAAAAAAAAGCUGUUAAAUUUUACAAAGCAUUCUGUAAUUUGAUCACAGCAAUUGGUACAAAAUGCUAAAAAUCAAAUAAGAAAACUGAAAACACAAUUUAGACUUUUUAUUUGUUGGCAACAAGUUUCAGCCCUUCCCCACCAUUAUGUCUGGUGACGGAGCAAGAUCUGUAUAAGUAAGAUUGUCACCUCACUUCUACAGAUCUUGCGCCAUUUACUACCAGCAACCACAAUGGCGGCGAAAAACCUGAAGAUUGUCUGAGGAAAGGGCCAAAACUGACUGCUAAUAAAUCUGAAAAUGUGAUUGAGGCUGUCUUUAUGGGAUUUCUCUGCGUUAAAGCCAAUUAUAGAGUGCAUAAAUGUGGCCUCUGACCUCAGAUGCAAUGUGAUACUGGUAGUGGUGAACUGUGAAUUGCUUGCAUUAUUCCCCCCUCCUCCUUUCCACUCCCAUUAUGGAUGCAAUAAACUUUUCAGUUGUCUCCAUGCAAUCAGUCUCUAGUCAACCAAAAUGACUGUCUCAUAAUUGCAGCCUAUGUAAUAUUUUCUAAUCAUCAUCUUUCCUUCAAAGAAAUAACCUGGCUGUUAUAAGUACUCUGUAAACAGUUUAGUUUACAUUGCAAGCUGUAUUCUUGUCAUUGGUGGCGUGUACAAAAUGAGAUCAUUUAAUGCCAAAGGAAGUGCCCAUGGUCAGACUGAUGACUUUAAUAGCACACAGUUUAAAGAUUUUUUUAUUCAUUAGAUUAUGUGUGAAAUGACAAAUAAAACACCAAUUAUAAUAUUUGUGUCUAUGGAUUGGUAGGAUAAUUGCUUCUUUACUGUUACUUUUGAAGGAUUUAUAUACAUAUUGUAAUUUGGUUGUGAAAUAAGAUGAUGGUGUCACACUGUUCCUACAGCAAGAGAAAAAGAUGUUAGACCUGUGAUUUGAAAUAUAUCAUUGUUCUGAUACUGUGGAUAUGUUUUAUAAUGUAUGCCUAAGACAUAUGUAAUUAAUUUACCAGAUGUGUGGUCAACUUUUGUAAUAUGAUUCUUCUCUCCUGCCUCUGUGCCAUAGCAUGUAAUUUAUUCUGUUGGCAUUCAGUACAUAAGUGUUUUGUUAAUAUAUUACCAUAAAGUGUGA